UGCCUGAAGUGAGGUGAGCGAGCGAAUCGUCGUUCUCGAUCUUUGCCAGGACCGAGAGGUGCUGAUCGAGAUGUCGGCGGCCGAGGGGAGGAAGACGGCGUGCGUCACCGGAGGGAGCGGCUACAUCGCUUCAGCGCUCAUCAAGCUGCUGCUCCAGAAAGGCUACGCUGUCAAGACGACUGUCAGAGACCCCGAUAACGUGGAGAAGAACUCCCACCUCAUGGACUUGCAAACACUUGGCCCCUUGGACAUCAUCAAUGCUCAGCUGGAUGAAGAAGGCAGCUUUGAUAACGCAGUUUCCGGCUGCGACUACGUCUUCCUCGUCGCAGCUCCGACGAACCUCGGAUCAGCAGAUCCUGAGAGAGAUCUGAUCGAAGCUGGCGUCCAAGGAACACUUAACGUGAUGAGGUCCUGCGUGAGAGCGGGGACGGUGAAGCGGGUGAUACUGACAUCGUCAGACGCCGCGGUGUCGAGGAGACCCCUGCACGGCGGCGGCCACGUGCUGGACGAGAGCUCCUGGUCCGACGUUGAGUACCUCAGAGCCAACAAGCCACCAACUUGGGGAUACGCGGUGUCCAAGGUGGUUCUGGAGAAGGCGGCGAACGAAUUCGCGGAGGAGAACAACGUUAGCCUUGUCACCAUGUUGCCCGUGUACACCUUGGGUGCGUCGCCGGACUCCAAGGCCAGAACCAGCGUCCCCAUCACCCUUUCCCUCUUGUCCGGUGACGAGAAACAGCUGGGCAUCCUGUUGGGCCUGCAGGCGGUCACAGAUGACUCCAUGGCGAUAUGCCACGUGGACGACCUCUGCCGCGCCAAGGUGUUCCUCGCCGAGAACGAGCCCUCGGCAGGUAGGUACAUCUGUUGCAGCAACAACACCACCAUCCUGCAACUUGCUCGUCUCCUUGCGGAGAAGUACCCACAAUACAACUUGGAACCCGAACGCUUUGAUGGGUACCCAGAGAAGCCGAGAGUGUGUCUGUCGUCGGAGAAGCUUAUUGGGGAAGGAUUCACGUUCAAGUACAAUGACCUGAGUGAAAUCUUCGAUGACCUCGUCGAGUACGGCAGGACCACAGGGAUUCUCCCCUACUGAUAUGUAUGUGGGCUACUGAUCAAUAUGUGAUUAGAACUAAAAUUUCAUCUAAAACAAGCCUUAAAAACUCGCGCUUCUGUUUUGAUGCCUUAAGAUGCUAGUUCUUCCCUGUGUGAAAAAAAAAUAGACGGGAUAGCGCAAAACCUCAAUCUUUGGGUUUAUUGUAUCACCAA